AGCAGGUAAUUCCGCAAGCCUGUGACACCCAACCUCAACUACAUGCGAUCGAUCGGAGGACUGGGGACAAGAACUACCUCGUACGACAUAGAUCGCAUGUAGAUGCGUGGAACGACCGAGCAUCUACAUUGGUUGGAGGAGAUAACUUCACAGGUCAUAGCUCUGCUAUGUACAUGAGUUGGUACAGGCGCAUCUCCAUAUUACGCCUAACGAACACCGCAUUUGCGCAGCCAGGAUCACAUUACCAUCCGACAUCUACGUUACUGGCUGAGCGCAUCCGAUCGGUACUCAUACAAUGUAAUGACACGAUUCAAGGGGCCGCUACAUCGCCAGUUGACGUGGGGUAUCGGCUAUGUUCUCAGACCUUAGGCUCCAUUAACGCGUCGUUGACCGAUGCAUUGAGUCAGGCGGGUUAUGAGUACCUCAUACCGACUCCACCCGUCAUUGGCGAGGUAGAUGACACAUUCCACACUCCUUCUCCAAGGAGUUCAGCCCAUAGAGGUAGCUCUUCCGGAGGAUCCAGUUCUCGGUCCACAAGAGGCCGCCAGCGUUCAUCUACUCGAGGUCGGUCUUCCAGAUCGCCAUCGACAUCCGCUACUAUGUCGCCGUUCGUUCCCCCGUCUUCCAUCAACACUCCUCCGCCACAUCCAUCGCCUCCGCAAAGGAUUAUCACAUAUCAGCGUGCUAGUCAACGACGAGCUCCUGCUCUUAAUGUCAUUGCGGAGGUUGACGAGUUCACACCAUCAUCAUCCACCGGUGCGCAAAACAAAAGGGGCCGGGGGUUGUAGUUUAACAAACUUUGUAUAUUCUUAUAUGACUUGAACUUCUUGUA